UAAAUUAGUGUUUUUCGCGCUUAUAAACUUGAAUUAAAAAUAUUAUUUAGAAUUUUACAUGUUUUUAAUACAUCAGAAAGAUUUCGAGAGCCCUUGAAAAUGGAGAUUUGGGGUACAUGCCCCAUUUGCCUUUGCAUAAAUCAAUCCCUGUUUGUUAAGAUUCGAAAUACUGAAGGGUCGAAGCAGCGCGAUUAAUUCCAUUCUCUUUCGAUGGAUUUUAUCUGUUUUAUCUGAAGUCUUGUUGAUAAGUUAUCAUCACACUCUCUUCAGGCCUUCUGUUCCACUCUGUCCUGUGCAUUCGCAGAGCUGGCAUCAACGGACAAAUGCGGGAUGGCACUUCUGAAGCCUUUUGCCCAUGCAAGAUUGCAAGUCUCAGACUUCAACGUUAGUAAUUGGGAUUUCUCGAAUCAUACCAACCUAUGGAUAAAACUGCCGUCUCAUGAAAUAGCCCUGAAAGUACUGGCACUCCUACCCAUUAUGCUGUUAGGAGUAGUGGGUAACAUAGCGAUCAUAGCUGUCGUGAUACGGAUUAGGGGUAUGAGAACGUGCACCAACAUUUUCAUUUGCAAUAUGGCUUUAGCAGAUCUGAUGACCAUUCUUUGCUGCUCUUGGACGAUAAUCGUUGUAGAUGCAUAUCAGAAUUUUAUGCUGGGAAAAGUCUAUUGCAAAUUAGAUGGUUUCUUCCACGUAACUUUCCUGCUUGCAAGUGUGUUUUCCCUCAUCAUCAUCUCAGGAGAUCGUCUUCUGGGGAUCGUCUUCCCUUUUUCCAGGAGGCUGAGUCGUGGUCAAGCGCUGGUCAUCGUAGUCGCCACAUGGGUGGCAGCUAUGAUGUGCGCAUCCCCGACGGCCAUUUGGAGGUGGCUACAGACACGACGGUGGCAUGACUACGAAGAGGUGUGGUGCAAUGAAAAUGGCUUUCUUCUUAAAUAUUAUUGGUUAAUGAUCCUCAUUCUUUUGGUAUACAUGCCGUUGACCGUUAUGGCCGUGGCAUACACUGCUAUCAUUCUGCAACUGGAUAAAUAUGAACAUCAGCUCUUCCUUAGGGAACAUCCGCUUAAGAUGAAGUACAGGAAAAAGGUCAUUAAAGUUCUUUUCAUGUAUGUUCUCAAUUAUCUCGUAUUCUGGGUUCUCUUUCAAGUGGUGGUCCUGUACAGAUAUUUUAAACCUCCUCAACAAGAGCUCCCACCUUGGUAUCGAAAGAUAUAUUUUCCGGCACAUGUUUUGACAUAUACACAAAGCGCCAUCAAUCCUAUCAUCUACGGAGCAUGUAACGAGAGUUUUCGGAAGGCUUUUCGCAUCACAUUUCGCUGCUUAUUUCGGAAGAAUCAAGUCCGUCCUGCGCCCUUCUAUGUCCAUUCUCCUAAGAGACAACGGCGAGUCGUCAAUCACAACCACAAUAAUAAUCAAGAUUAUAUGGGCGAUUUGCCAGCACCUAGUACAAAAGAGACUCCGCUGUCAAAUCCUAGAACAGGAAGAUCAUAAUUCUCAAAUACAUCACUUAAAGAGGCUAAGAUUUUAUUGAGAGUACUAUUGACUGAGUUAGUAGCCUGCGCUAUGACGGAUCUUCACCGUUCAGCGUGUAAUUUACAAAGAAGAUGAAAAAAGUUGCGAGUGCUAAUAUUUUGGUAUUUGAACCGAAUAAUGCACACUUUUUCAAUGAAUUUUGACCACCUCACUUUAAACUUGGAAGAAAAAGAUUUCUUUUAACACGUUGAGUUUGCAGCCCUCUAAAAUAUUAGAGUAAUAAGCUGCAUAUAUUGAUCAUCUUCCUAUGCAGUGUUUCUGUUUAUAUUUCGCUGAAACCGUUUGAGCACAUGUUAAAUAUCAUGUUGUUAAGUUUGUAUAAAAUAAUCCAUAUGUAAAUAUAACAUGCAUUCAAAAGUUUAUUUUCAUUGUUCUUGCUUGUGAUCUAGAGGUUCAAUUUAAAAGUGGAUAGUACAUUUAAAGGUGUAUAAGAUUGUGACUAUUUCGAUUGUAGUGGUUCUCCGACCCUCACAUUUUUGAAUUAUGUAUAAGAGGUUGUAAAAUUAAUAUGGUGGGAGAAGCAUGCAUUUUUUGGAAGCAGAAAGGGAAUCUGAUAAGUCUUUUGUGGCCAGCAGAUGUUGGACAUUUUGAUGUUAUGCGCCAUAUUCUUGACUGUAGGUUUGUAAGAACUUUUUUCAUUGCAACCUUUUUCAUUUUAGAUCAAAUGUUAUUCACAAAUAAGACAUGGUCUCAUCGAAGAGGAUUUGCUUAUGGCCACAAUUGCCGAACAUAAUGCUCAGUUAGUAAAAUUAUUGUCUAACGUGGAUAAUUCAAAGCAAUGAAUUAUCAGGUUCCUUUCAUUGAAGACCUAUGAACACCGAGAAUUUCCAAGAUAGUACCCACCACUUCAUUGCUUUGUUUCAAAAGAACGGACAUCCCACUGGAUAUUACAAAAUGGUGCGAAUUGCCAUAUUGCUAUGAUGGUACUGGAGGAAUGAGUUAAUAACAAAACUUUUAUUUAAAGAUGAUAACCACCGAGAUAUUCAGUUCUUCCAACCUGGACUACAUAUGAGGAUGUUUUACGAAAAUCUAUAAACGGUGCCACACAUCUUGGAAGAACUGAAAAGGAACAUCACUGAUCAUUUUCAAAUCCAGUGCCCAGACAUUUUUAGAAAACUCCCUUCCAUUACUAUCCAGAACACAUACACACACACACACACACACACACACACAAAAAAAAAAAAAAAAAAAUUAAGUUUUCAGGAACAAAGCAAAAAUAUGUAGACAAAUACUUUGAGCUAGAAGGGUAUUAUUUUCAACACAUGCGUAGAUAAAGUAUGUUUCAUAAAUA